AUGGAAACCGUGUGUACACAUUGCGGCUUGCUAGAUAGCUAGUAUGUGCUAACACCGCGCUGGAAGUCGCAGAACCAUCGGUUUCCUAGGAAGGUUUGGCCCUGUUGCGCCAGGCCCCACGCUGUGAUAACAAAUUGACUUCACGUCAAAGCUUCUAUUCCCUUCUCGUACUUUGACGGAGCUUGUACAGAAGAAGGGAUCCCGAGACUCUUUUUGCUAUGGCCGUCACAGGGCGUAAUGAAGCGUCACGAGCGUGGUGACGGGGAGGACAGCAUCAUUGAACCGGCUGCCCACGAAGCGGCCCCAGCGGCACCUGGCGAGCUCCCAGCGACUAGGCCGGCAAAGAUGAAACCAGGGUUGAAGUUUCCGGGGAUGGCGGAGCUAGCGUCACACGCCAGCAGCACAGGCGGCCCUCCCCCCGAGUUCGCGAGCCGCGCCCUGCGCCUGGUGGCUAGCAACAACUUUGCGGACCCAGUGUUCCUGGAGGAGUUAGUCGAGAGCAACCUGGUUGCGGCCCUGUGUGCGACGCUGCCGGCGCUCAAGGCCAAAGCGGCGAGCCGCACCGGCAGCACCGGCAUCCAGGACCUUACCGACCUGGAGGAGGCUCUGCGUAAGCUCCGGCAUGAGCUAGCGCUCGCGGAGAAACGCCUUCCCAGCGGCGGUUCCGGUGCCGCCUAUUAUCCGUCAUGGGCAUGUGUGGGCUACGUCGCUGUGCUGAUGCAGCAGGCGAUCGUUCACGGCGCCGCCGCGGCUGCGGCCGUGGCUGCAAGCGGGGCAGCGGCGGCGGCGCUGGCGCUCGCAGCAGGCUCGGCUGGGGCGGGCACGCGUGCCAGCCAGCCCGCGUAUUCUCCCGGCGCCGACGAUGCCGCCAGUACCCGCACGGUCGAUGGCAGCGGCGAUGGUGCCGACACCCCCGCCGCUGCGGCCAACGGGGGCCCCGCCCCUAGCACCGCCCCCGGCACCGGCGCCACCACGCCCGCGCCGGCGGGGCCACUGGCAGCCUUUGCCGCUUCCGUUGCAGUGGCAGCGGCCGGCGGCAACAGCGCAUCUGGCACCAGCACACCGGGCGGCACGGUUUCGGCGUUCAAGCUUGCGACCAGCAGCGCAACGGCCAGUCCGGCGGCUGCGGGCGCUGUCAUGCCUGCGCUUGCGACGGAGGCGCAGCUGGUCAAGCUGCUAAGCAACAAACACGUGCUGCUGCGCGCGAAAGAGGUGGUGCGUGCAAUCCCGGCGCAGUACGCGCCAGCGGUUGGCCGCGUGCUGCUGGGGCAACUGUCUACAGACCUGAAGGGCGUCCAGUCCAGUGUUAAUUACAUCUGUUCCAUCCUGCGCGGCGAUCCCGCCGCCACCACGCCCGCGCCCACCAAGCUGCCGAUGUGGUUCGCCACGGCGUCGCUCCUCAACACCUACAACCAGCUGUUCAAGACGUCGCCGACGCCGCUGCAGCCGCCGCUGCAUGCGCCCACCGUGGGAACCGGAGCUGCCGGCCCCGGCAGCCAGGCGGAGCAGGAUGAGCGUGCGGCGUCCAACGGCGCCGCGUCUACAAGCGCCGCGUCUGGCGCGGGCGAAGCAGGCUCUGGCGGAGCCGCGACCGACGCCGAGCACGCGGCCGCAGCCGCACCCACAGCUCCUGCGGCGCAAACAACAGCAUCAGGUACAGCAGGCGCGGGGCCAGGCAGCGCGGCGCUAGGCGCCGGCCAGGACGGCGCGGCAGCGGCACCAUCGCCGCAAGCGGCACCGGACGCCUCGGCCGACAACAGCGGCGAUGUGGAGAUGGCGGAGGCCAGUACCCCUCGCGCGGGCGGGGCGGGCGUGUUCGGGCAGGCGGCGGAGGAGGACGUGCGCGCGGCGUUGUGCCGGCUGAUGACGGAGGUGGCGGAGGGGCUGCACGACGCGGUGGUGAAGGCGCACGGCGUGGGCAAGAUGGCGCUGCUGCUGCGGGGCGAGGUCACAGCCAAGUUCCCCAACACCGCCUCCUAUAUGCCGGCGGCGCUCACCGUGAACGAGCUGGUGGCACAGCUGGACGCGCUGGGGCUGGCGGGCGGCGCGCUGGGGCGGGACGGCCUGGAGGCGGUGCGGCAGCCCGUGAGCGCGCUGCUCACGUCCGCGGAGGUGCGGGAGCUGCUGGGCGCAGGCAAGGUGUACGUGACCACGGUGAUCGCGGCGGGCGCGCUGACCCGCGAUCUGGCCAUCGACGCCGCCAUCCCGCAGUCUCUGCGGCAGGGCUACAUGACUGCGGUGCUGACGCCGCUGGAGACCGGCGCGCUGCUCAACGAGCGCCGCGCGCCCCAGGUGCUGGCGUACCGCAACAGCAUCACCGAGAGCUCCUACUACCAGGUGAUGGACGCGGACGCCCUGCCGUUCGGCGUCAACGUGCGCUUCGAGGACGAGCAGGAGGCGGAGGGCAUGGGCGUGGUGCGCGAGUGGCUGAGCCAGAUUGCAGCCGACCUGUUCUCGCCGGAGCGCGGGCUGUUCGUGCGCGGCGCGGCGGACAGGCGCGCGGUGCACCCCUCCGCGGCGGCGGCGCUGCAGGACGACCACCUGGGCUACAUGCGCUUCGCGGGCCGCAUCGUGGGCCUGGCCCUGCGCGCCAACGUGCCCCUGGGUGUGGUGCUCAGCACCGGCCUCUUCAACUUCCUGACCGGCCGCCGCGGCACUCUACAGGACCUGCAGCAGAUGGACCCCCAGCUGCACUCCACGUGUCAGAACAUCAUGUCGAUGGCCGGCGCCGAGUCGCUGGACCUGUUCUGGGUGUGGCACGGCGCCGUGGGCGGCCAGGAGCGCGAAGUGGAGCUGGUGCCGGGCGGCGCGGCACUGCGGGUCAGCGACGCCAACAAGGCCGACUACGUGGCGGCGCUGGCGCACCACGUGGUGGUAACCAUGGUGGAGGAGCAGGCCUCCGCCUUCCUGUCCGGCAUCCAGGACUGCGCACACCACCUGCCCGACGACGUGCGCCUGCGCCGCGCCUUCCUCGCGCCGCUGCUGGUGGAGGACCUGAACCGCAUCACCGCGGGGGAGGCGGUGCUGGAGCCCGCCGACUGGGCGGCGCACACCGACGUCGCCGGCUUCGAGGGCCCCGAGGAGCGCGCGACCCUGGACCUCUUCUGGCAGCUGGUGGGCGAGUACAGCGCCGAGGACCGCCAGCGGCUGCUGCAGUUCUGGACCGCCAUGACGCACCUGCCCUCCGGCGGCUUCAAGGCGCUCAACCAGCGGCUGCAGAUCAUGAAGCUGGGCGGAGCUGCCGCGGGCGCGGGCGCGGGCGCAGGCGCGGGUGCAGGCGCGGCACAGCCACCAGACACCACCGGCGCCGCCGCAAACGCUGGCGCGGCGGCAGCAGCGGCGACGCCCGCGACACCGGUGAACGCGACAGGCCCCCAGUCCCACCGCAUUGAGGGCGAUGGGCUGGAGGGUGAGGACCCAGACCAGAGCGAGGGAGUGGACGAGCCAGCCGGCGACGGGGCGCCCGCGCCCGCCGGCGCUGCAGUGGCUGCACCUCCGGCGCAGCAGCAGCAGGCACAGCCACAGGCAGCGGAUGCUGUGGCGGCGGCGGCUGUGGCGGUGGCAGCCGCUCAGCUGCCUGGGGAGCCCGUGACACCAACCGCCCACACCGCACGCGCGCCCGACGCAGGCCCAGCGGCCCCGCCUGAGCAGAUGCAGGCGCCUGCGCCUGAGCAGCAGCAGCCGCAGCCGCAGGGGCAGCAGACAGAGGCGGGGGCCGCCCAGGCGGGUGGUGAUGAGGGGGUGGGUGAGGGCCAUGACGGCGAUGGCGGCGACGAUGCGGAAGACGGCCACGACGGCCACGAGGAGCCGCAUCAUGACGACGAUGACCAUGACGAUCACGACGACCAUGACGACCACGGCCACGACAUGGAGGACGAAGAUGUCUUUGACGAGGAGGAGGAGUUCGAGCGGCAGCUGGCUAUGGCGCUGGCGCUCUCGCUGCAAGAUCUGCCGGCUCCGGCCGCUCCGGAGCCGGCGCGAGAGAACGCAGCCGCCGGCGCCGCCGGACCCACUGGUGCAGCCGGAACCGCCGGCGCCGCCGGCACCGCCGCGGGGGCGCCUGGCGGCGCUGGCGAGGGCGCGGGCAGUGGCGCGGCCCCCGGUGGCGCCGGCGCGGCUGCGGCCGGUGCGGGGGCGCCCGAGAGCGCGGGCUCCGCUGAGACGAGCGAAACUAUGCACGGGGAGGGUGGCACAGCGGGGCAGGCAGAGCAACCGCGCGCAGCGCCGGAGCAGCAGCCUGGGCAGCCGCAGGAGCAGUCUGACCCUGAAGAGCCGCAGACACGCGGCGACGGCGGCGCUGCCAGCGCGGCGCGGUCGCCUCGCGCAGCCAGCGAGCCCGCUGCCGCUGCUGAGCACGACAGCGCUGAGGCUGCUGCGUCCGAGGCUGCUCCUGACCAGGGCGCUGGGGCAGCGUCGCUGCCGGCCGCGGAGGCCGACCAGCCCGAGAUGAGUGCGGAGCCGGCUGAGCCCGCGGAUGGGGCUGCUGGCGGUGAGGCGACUGGUGCCAAUCCCUCUGCUGCUGCGGCAGCGGCAGCACCAGCGGAAGAGGGCGGAGCUCAAGGGCACGCCGCGCGUGCCCGGGAGCAGCAAGGCACCCGCACGCCCGCACCCAUGGAAACUGACGGGGGGGCGCCCAUGCCCGCGCCGCCAGCGCCAGCACCGGCGGCAGGCGCAGGGGCUGCUGCUACGACGCCCGCUACCGGCCGCUCGGCGCCGCUGCUGCCGCAGGCGCGCACGUGCUUCCUGCAGCUCAACAUGCCCGCGUAUGCAUCCAUCGAGGACAUGCGGCGCGCGUUCGCCAUCGCGCUUGAUAACAUGUCGUUUGGCCUGCACUAGUAUGCGGAGCCAGGGGCUUUGCGCAUGGUUUGGGGAGCAGCGGAGGCUGGUGAGUAUGUGGGAGCGGGUCUGGCAUGUGUAAGUGUUCAGUGCAAGCACCGCCGCAGCCAGCUGUUCUAGCGCGUUAUUUUAUUGUACUAUGAUUGCACUGCAACUUCGGUGACGGGUCGGAGGCGCAAUGGACUCGAGUCAAGUAUGGGAAAGUGACCAGGGACGCAGGGGCCCAGCGCUGGGUGCCGCGUUUGCCACGGCGAAAUCUCCAACGGCAAGUGCAGGAAGUGCUACAAUCAGGACUACAGCUGCCGGCACGGGUAGUGCGGUAGUGUAGGGGAUGCGCGUUGGGGAGCCCGACGACAAGCCUUCAGCAAGCUGCGCUGUGGCACUGUCAGUGGCACCCCUGGGCACUAUCAUGACAGAGCGUGAAUGAGUGGAAGUUUGCCGUCUGCAGAAACCGUCCGCAGACCGCAGCUGUCGCGCAGUCUUGAGUACAUGUCACCCAAAGCGUCUGUGAGAUGUACGUGCGAUAUCAUGGCAGUGCGUUGCACACGCGUCGGGACGUGGUGUGGUCUACCCAGCCCAAGUGCACCCCUGCCCAAGCGUGGCUCGAGCGGUUGGAGACUUGCAGUAGUAAAGCAUGCAGAGCUGAGUACACACGAUACAGGCGUUAUCGCCCUAGUGUAGAUGCUGAUGAGUGGCUUGCAGGUACUGCUCCUCAGCUGACAACCGUAUGGUUGCGGUGCUAAAUCGAGGGACAGCCUCAGCGUGUAACAUACACUUGCUUGCGCUGCAGUGCAAUUCUAACUUGAUGCGGCAGGGACGAGUCGACAGCGAGGGU